UUUCACCGAUUCAAUGUUAACAUAAUAAGUGAAGACUCUCAUCUUCUAUUCUGUGGCGAGGAGCCAAAAACCAGUAGUGAAAUAUAAAAAUCAAAGCUGGGGGGUUCUCCAUGGUUGCAGCCAUGGCAUCAGCUACGUUAACCCUUCCUCUUCCACAGCCAAAACAUCAGCACCACCUCCAACCGAAGGCUCACACCACGCACUCUAUCACAUAUCCAAAACAAAAGAAUCCAUCUCUUUUGACUGCAACGCAAUACCCAUCAUUGAAGGAUUCCCUCUGCAAUCCCAAUUUCGAGACAGACAAUCAUAAUACUUGUACACACUACGCCUCUCUUCUGCAAGCCUGUGUCGAGACACAGUCUCUCACAUAUGGCAGGCAACUUCAUGCUCGCGUACUCAUUGCCGGCCUACAACAAGACCUCCUUGUUGCCACCAAAAUCAUCAACAUGUAUGCUGUCUGCAGCCAUCUCACAGAAGCUCUCAAGGUCUUCGAAAGCAUAGACAUAGGCUAUCGGAACAUAUUCUUGUGGAAUGGGUUAAUCAAAGGCUAUGUGAAAAAUGAACAGUUUGAGGAGGCGAUUGAGUUUUAUUGCCGAAUGCAGAGAGAUGCAUUUAAUGUGCAGCCGGAUCAUUAUACAUUUUCCUGCCUUCUCAAGGCCUGCGCAGGUUCGCAUGCCCUGCAAUUGGGAAUACAAAUUCAUCUCAACAUAAUUCGGAGUGGGUAUGAGUCGUAUUCGUUUGUGAGCAGCGCACUUGUUGAUAUGUACUCGAAGUGUUGCAGUAUGGAGGAUGCGCGCAAAGUGCUUAAUGAAAUGCCUCAAACAGAUGUUGUAGCGUGGAGCUCCAUGAUUGCAGGGUAUGUUCAGAAUGAAUGUUGGAAGGAGGCGCUGGAUAUGUUUAGGGAUAUGGUGGGGAGAGGUUUGAAGCCGAAUUCGGUGACUGUUGCGAGUAUUUUGCCAGCCUGUUUUGUGCUAGGGAAGUGCAGAGAAGUGCAUGGUUAUGUUGUUCGCAGUGAGUUUCAGGGGAAUGUUUUUGUUGGUAAUGCGCUAUUGGGUGCAUAUGGGAAAUGCGGGAGGGUGGAUGUUUCACGCCAAUUGUUUGCCAGAAUGCCUCAGAGGGAUGCUGUUUCCUGGAAUACCAUAAUUGCAGGGUAUGUGCAGAAAGGUGAUGCUCAUGAGGCCUUAAAGAUUUUCAAUGAGAUGCAAGAAGACGGUGUUGUGAAGCCUGACACAAUGACUAUCUCAAGUAUUCUGCCUGCAUGUGCUCACUCAGCGUCUCUUCAGCAGGGUAUGGAAAUCCAUGGAUACAUAAUCAGAAAUCAAAUUGAGUGUAAUUCAUACGUGUGGACUGCACUCAUAGACAUGUACGCAAAAUGUGGGAGCACACAGAUUGCUUGCCGGGUGUUUGAUAACAUGCCUCAUAGAGAUGUCGUUGCCUGGACAGCAAUGAUCGCUGGAUAUGGAAUUAAUGGGCAGGGCAAGGAAGCUGUUUUUCUCUUUAAGCAAAUGCAGCAGGCAGGCAUAACACCAAACCACAUUACCUUUACGGCCAUUUUGUCUGCAUGCAGCCAUGCUGGACUACUGACUGAAGGCUGGUUGCACUUUUAUUGUAUGAACCGAGAUUUUAAGCUGACACCAAGGGUUGAGCAUUAUACUUGUUUGGUUGACCUUCUGGGUCGUGCAGGGCAUCUAGAUGAGGCCGAAAAUCUUAUAGCAAAUAUGCCUAUAAAGCCUGAUGCUGGUGUUUGGGGAGCAUUGAUGAGUGCCUGCAGAAUCCAUUGCAAUAUUAAGUUAGGUGAAUGGGCUGCAAAACAUCUUUUUGAGCUAGAGCCUGAUAAGGCUGGACAUGCUGUACUUCUGUCAAAUAUGUAUGCUACUGCUGGCAGGUGGGAUGAUGUAGCGAAGGUAAGGGCAAUGAUGAAGGAGAGGGGAUUGAAGCCCAGGCCUGGAUGCAGUUGGAUUGUGGUUGAUAACAAGCUUCAUACAUUCCAAGUAGAGGACAGAACACACCCUCAAUGGGAAGAAAUUUAUACAAUGCUUCAGAUCUUGGCUAGGCAGAUGAAAGAGGCUGGCUAUGUGCCAGCAACAAACUUUGUAUUGCAAAAUAUAGAGGAGAAGCAAAAAGAAUCGAUCCUUUGUAAUCAUAGUGAAAGGCUGGCUAUUGCUUUUGGACUUAUCAGAACCCACCCAGGAAAAGUUAUCCGGAUCAACAAGAACCUUCGAGUGUGUGGUGAUUGUCAUAGUGCCACUAAGUUCAUAUCCAAGAUUGUGAAGAGAGAUAUUAUUGUAAGGGACACAAACCGUUUUCAUCAUUUCAGGGAUGGGUUGUGUAGCUGUGGUGAUUAUUGGUAGCUCCAAACAUAAGUUUUUGCAAUACGUGAAUGGAGCUAUGUUGAUUUGGAAGAUGAGAGAUGUGCACUCCACGACUUUUUUGAAUUGGUCAUAUUUUUACUAGCAUCUGUCCAUAACUUGAACUGCAUAUGAGGAGGAGCUGCUUCCACCAUCUUUUUAUUUCAGGUAAUUUAUGUUAAGCAGAUACAAUAUUGUUACGUCUAUGCUUAAGAUAAGCGGCAACUGAUGCUAAGGCCCACUGCAGAGAAUCCGGAGAAGAGGUGAAUGGUACAAAAUCUGUGGAGGCAAGGGAGUUGAAGAUUUAAUAUUUCUCUGAGUAAUCAACAUAGGUAGAGUUUGUGAUAUAUAUGAAGUUUUUAGUCUCGGGUCUGUCUAGUGGGAAGGGAUAAAGAGGAUGAAACAACAUUUUGAGACGAAGAUUAAACAUGCUAUCAAUAAAAUCUGCAGCGGAUAGCUUCUGGGAUCAAUCACCUAGUGAAAGUAAUAGGUAUAAUUCUUAAACUUGAAAAGAUAAUUUCUUAAGUGAAAGCUAAUUGAACAAUUAAAUGCAUAAAAUGAGGCCCUUUUAUUCGGUAUAUACAGUCCCAGAGAUGUCAUAAUGAUGGUGGCUUGCAGGUAGCAGAGAUAUAUACGCAUACGAUUGGCUGGAAGUACCAGAGAUAAAAAAUUAAAUUUGGCCAUAUUCUGUUGUGCUAGCCAACUCAACAGCGGCUGUCAAUCCAGGUUGAAGAUCCAUGCAUACAGUUUAAAUCUGUAAUAAAGAAGUUGAGCUUGACGUUGAACUAUGAAGCUACAGAAACUGGAAAAUAGUUUGAACUUGGACUGUUAGGAGUCCAAAGUCCCCUUCUCUUUCUUUCACACACACGCACACACACACACACUCUAUUUCUCCCUCUCCUCCUCCCAUUCAUGAAGAUCUUACCAUUUCAAGCAGGAUACAACUGCUAAACAUAGAGAGGCACCAGGUGAUGGAAAAGCUCAAUUUUAAAUAGCAGAAAUAAGCAGGAGGAAGGGGCAAUAAUUUAUAGCAGAAAGUGACGCCUUUGUGCUUCUAUAUUCAUUUAUUCCACAUCAACAGACUACUGUGUGGCGAGCAGUAUCAUAACCAGGUGUUAUCCUUAUUAUAUCCUGUCAGCAGCAUCCGAAUAUCAAUGAAUUCACUCUUCUUUGCAAGGUUUAAGCAGCAGGGCCAUCAUAAUUAAGUGGCUUAUAACAGCCAAAAUUCUGUUGUAGCAGUCAUACCAGCAACAAAUUUCAUCUUCAGAACCUGUCUUUUCACUAUAAACAUCUGUUUCACUGUGGUGUUGCAUCAUAAAUUCAGCGAUUUUCCAUUGAUCCUUGGCAAGGCAUUUAUUUUCAAGUUUCAACUAGAAUUCAUUAUGUAUUCCUUUUAGAGAGUUGUGUUUAAUAAAUUGAUCAGUCAAGAGGCAAUGGCAUUAGUCAUAAUUGUGCAUUCUAGAGACAAUUUGAUCACUUAAUGUACGAAUGGCAAUAUCCAUAUGCUAUAGGAUUUCUGAUGCUUAAGGUUGUGCAGUUUAAGCUAGAAUUUUCUGAAGAACAAAGGAUUUGUCAAAUUUAUAGUGUCAUCAAAGCAUCGGCAGAUGAAUUGUCUCGAGUAUUGUGAGAACAGAUUACUUCAUCAGAACAGUGUCUAGAGUCAGCUGUCAGAAAAUCUUCUUUAAGCCAUCUUAUUUUUAGCGUUCUUAAGAAGAUGAGCAUAUUUUGAGAAGUCAAUUUUUGGAGGUUUUUUAAAGAUUACUUUCUAGAAGGGCUUUUGUUGGGUUGGUAGUUGUUUUUAUUGGGAGUCUAAUUGAAGAUUCUCCGAGUUGGGUUUAUGUUAGUGGAUAGAAUUUUGUAAUAAAACCUGCAUUGCAUGGGUAUUCUUAGGGUAAAA